CUUCGUGUUUUGCAGUGCACUUGUGUGCAGGCGGACGUGCAUGCACGCGAGCAACAGAACCGAGCGCAUGCGCAAUAUAUUGUUUUGACUGAAAAUGCCGUCGGUUUCGAAAACGGCGGCCAAUGCGUCUCCUCAAACCGAGAAACCUACCCACUAUACAUACUUGAAGGAGUUCAGGACAGAGCAGUGCCCGUUGUUCCUCCAGCACAAGUGUACGCAGCACAGACCCUUUACGUGCUUUCACUGGCAUUUCCUUAACCAGCGGCGAAGACGUCCCAUCAGGAGGAGAGACGGAACAUUUAACUACAGCCCCGACGUGUACUGCACCAAAUAUGAUGAGACCACAGGCAUCUGCCCAGAUGGAGAUGACUGUCCGUAUUUACAUCGGACCACUGGUGACACAGAGCGCAAGUACCAUCUACGCUACUACAAGACUGGCACUUGUAUCCAUGAGACCGAUGCUCGAGGGCAUUGUGUGAAGAAUGGCCUCCACUGUGCUUUUGCUCAUGGGCCACAUGAUCUUCGACCUCCAGUCUAUGAUAUCAGGGAGAUCCAAGCACAGGAGGCCCUUCAGAACGGACAGCUGGGAUCAGGGGAAGGUAUUCCUGACCUGCAGCCUGGUGUGUUAGCUAGCCAAGCAAUGAUUGAAAAAAUUUUGACUGAAGACCCCCGGUGGCAAGAUACCAACUUUGUUUUAGCCAAUUAUAAAACAGAUCAGUGUACUAAGCCCCCAAGACUAUGCAGACAGGGCUAUGCAUGUCCCCACUACCACAACAGUAGAGAUCGAAGACGGAAUCCUCGCAAGUUCAAAUAUAGGUCAACUCCUUGUCCAAGUGUGAAACAUGGGGAUGAAUGGGGCGAACCGUCAAAGUGUGAAAGUGGAGACAGUUGCCAGUAUUGCCAUUCUCGUACUGAACAGCAGUUUCAUCCGGAGAUCUACAAAUCUACCAAAUGCAAUGACAUGCGACAAACUGGAUACUGUCCUAGAGGACCGUUCUGUGCAUUUGCACAUGUAGAAAGAAUCCCCUCUACAGAAGAUACCAUGAGCUCAUUGCUAACAGCAAUACAGUCAAGUUCACAGUCCCAGCUGGGCUCUCAGCAGUAUUCAGAGUGUCCAGUCAGUGAGUGGAACAGUGGGGGAAACUCCACCUCCAGUGCAACCAGUAGCAACGGACAAGUAGGAAGUGUUUCAUGUUCUAAUAGCUCAACUGUAACGCCAAGCUCAGAAGGCGAAAGUUUGUUAUCCCCAGUGGGAUCCAUCAGCAGGCCCAAAUCCUUAAAUAGCAGUAGUUUAUGUUCAGAGUCCACCCUGUCCACUUUCUCAACUCUGACGUCUAACUACCCUAGAGCUCCGGGCUUUGAACGUGAGGAUCAGAUUAAGAACAAGGGGCAGGUGGAUCAGAAAUCCAUGGACCAAGAAAAACAGACACAAAAUACUGUAUUCUCUGCAGUAAAUCCUUUAGCAUCCAGCUUCACCUCCAGUAUAACGUCAAGCUUGGCCUCCAGUAUUGGCUCAGAUAGUUCUUCACCCACCACCUUAUCAACAAUGAAUGCAAAAGCCACUCCUUUCUAUCCAGGGAGCAACACAGUGGAGUCUGUCAUCGAUCUUUUUUGUUUUCCCUCAGGAUCUGCUCUGGACCUCAACUUUAGUGACAUUAAUGUUGCAUCCCUAGAUAAGGAGUUAGAGGAGCAAGAUAACGGUGUUGGAUUGGCAGGUCAAAGGGUGCUAGUCGGAUCUGCUCCUGUUAACAUUCCUGGCUCCCUGGCACGAUCAUCCUCUUUUAAUUCUUCAUCAUCCCUCUCCACCUCCCCAUUAAGCUCUCUCUCCCAGUCACUGUCACAGUCCCUUCUGUCUGGGGCAGUCUCUCAGCAAAAUCAACCUUCAAAUAUGUUGGCCAAGCAAGAACAUGGCCUCUUGGGAACACCCACUUCCUCUUCCCAGAACUCUCUGGGCUUGAAUGGAGGCGCUAGCAACAUUUGGGACUUUGUAAGUGGCAGCUUUUCACCAAGUCCUUCCCCAGUUUUCAGCAGCUUAACAUCCAUGACCAGCAGUGCUGAUCUGGCCCGUCUUUUUAGAGAGCUGGAUGAGGCCAAGAGGAAGAUCAAACAGUGGGAGGAAGCCUGGCAUCAGGCCAAACAGGCCUGCGAGGCUUCACAGAAGGAUGCUCAUGAAGCAAAGGAACAAGCAAAAACAGCCGAAGCAGAGCGGCAGCUGGCAGAACAGAAACGCGAGGAAACUGAGCGCAAGCUGAAAGAACUCCAAGGGGACUUUGAUGUGCUUUGUCGCACUUCUGGAACAGCUCUUCUACGUAGCUAUGGAGAGCUGGACCAGCUCCCCUUGUCAAAGCUUCAUUCCAUCCAGAGUCAGCUGCGUAAUGACCUAGACCUUAUAGAUGGGGUAAUAUAUCAGCUUCAGUCAAAGAAAUGUAUAGUUUGCCAAAAGCAUGAUCGCUGUGUUGUUCUCCAGCCUUGCCAACAUUACGUACUAUGUGAAAAUUGUGCACCUAGUAAAACAGAAUGUCCCUACUGUAGAACAAAAAUAGUGAAGUGGUGAUGUAAAAUUACUCGAGGUACUAUUUAAAGGAUUAGCUUUUUUGAAAAACUACUAAGAAAUCUUUUCUAAAUAGCAAUGUCUGUUUUAAUACAGUCGCUAAACAAAUUGAAAUACAGCGAGGUUUGACUGAAAAAAAAUAGUAUUGUCAAUCAGAGAAUGUACAGGGAUUUCACUCAUUAUAGUUUUUGCUCAUUUUUCAUGAAUGUUACUUUGGUCAACCAGAUGGCUUUCUGUUUAAAAAGCCAUGCAUUCAGAUUUGAAUAUAUAAUCACAUUGUGUUGCUUUUUCUCAAAUGUUCAGUCCAAAUUCAAACUGAUCAUGUUUAAGACACGAAUCUAGUGCCCAGAUACACAUACAACACACAGUUACAUGUUUUCAAACCAAAUGCACAUACGCAUUUCCAGUGUACAGUAAAUAUAAAUUUAAACAUAAGAAAUGUAGAUGGGACCAGUUCAUUUAUUUAAAAAGUGAAUACACUAUUUCUACCAUCAUGCUUUUCUUUUUGCGAUUCCAAAUACUUAUUGCUACACUUGGUAUUACUGUGGAUCCAUCUCUAAUCCCCUGAGGUAGCGUUCUUAACUUAAUGCACUUAGAGUCUCCUCAGAGCACAUUUGAAGCUAAAUAAUGUUUUAGUAAAGCUACUUCAAAGUUUCCCAUACAGUAUUUGAAAAAUUAAGCUUUCUUAUUUUAAUAUUCAUCUUAACUGCAAAUGGUUAUAAAAUAGUUUAGAAAGUACAUGUCUACCACAUGCUGUAUUUAAAAUAGUUUUUUUCAUUCUGGAAAUAAGAAAAAGAUAAUCAGUAUAUUAUCGCAGCAAGCUUCACUGCAGCCCACUGUGUUCAGUACAACUAGUGCCAUAUCAGUUGCAAAAAAAAGCCAGUGUGGAACCCAGCUAAAAUACUCACCACUACUACUACUACUACUACUCUAGUGACAUUAGGUAAAAAUGAACAAAACCCAAAGCUGAUUUUUAAGAUAAGGAAGAUAAUUACAAUCAAACAAUUUUAUUUGGGAGCAUUUGAGAGAAAAAAAGAGAAGCAGGUUAUCCAAGUACCACAUAACAAAAAUAGUGAUGCUGAAAAGUUGCUAUGUUCCUGUUUAGGUAAAGUCAGAUUUCAUUAAACUCCCAAAUUUCAGUCUGUAUUGAUGCAGUCAGUUCAAACAUUGAUAUUGUGACCAACCUUUUUGAAGUUUGAAUUCUUAUGAAAGCAAAGCACUUUGUUGACCUGGGACUUUAUUAAAGGGUAUAUAGGCAUUUGCUUUAAGCUGCUUUGUAGGUAUUCUUUUGUCUGCUAUUUUGUAUUUUGUUUCUAUUUAAGCUUAUGUCCGAAGCUUUUGUGUGUACUGUGAAGCAUAAUUUGAAUAUUUCAUGUUUCUUACUGUUAAAAUCAUGCCAUGGUUCUAGAUGUUAAGAUUUCAUAGAAAAGGACUUCAUAGAAUAAUUUCUACUUUCAUAGUUAGAUUUAUAAAAUUUCAAUCAAGUAAGUGCAAAUUUAAAUGCAUUUUAGGCAUAACCAGCAGCUGUAAUAUUGACAUAGCACAUGCUACAUGUUAAGGCUGUUUUCAGUCAGUUAGGUUUGUUUGUAGAGAUUUAUAUAGCCUAGCCACUAGAAAAGCAUGUAUUGUAUUUGCUAAAAACCUUGAAAUGGUGAUUUUUGUAGGAAUUUAGCCUCUUGACCUUGUCUAGAACAUAUCGGCCUCCAACUCUAAAGUGCCUUGCCUUACUUCAAAAGGUUAUGUGUACAGUUGUCAGAACAACACACAUAGUUGAAGCUUGUACAUGCUGUACACACUUUCAGCAAAAUGUGUCUUGUUUACCUUUGUAGAAGAGUUAAUGUGUCUGACUCUGUGUGUCUGUGUAUAUAAAUACUGUAUAUGCCAUUGUAUUUGGCCCAAUCUAAGUAUUUCUACAGAAGGUAAUUGGAAGCAAACAUCAGUCAGUGCCUGUGUCCUGACUACAACCUACAAGUGACCCCCUCCCCCCUUCCAGCUACCAUACACUCAUUCCUUGGUCAUGGUGCUCUUUCAGUGCAGCUUCAGUUUUCAAAAUUAGGUUUUCCAAUUUCACAUUUUGGGAGUAUGCAAGCAUUGACUGGCAAAUUUAUAUAGCAACAUCUAAAAGUGCAUUUUAAGCAGUUCAAUAACUUAGUUCUAAUGUAAUAUAUCUGCAGUAAAUGAAGAAGUCCGUAGUAACAUGUAAGUUGGAUGUUGCAUAGGUUUUGUGCUCGUUUCCUCUAAAUGAAAUGACCUUAUACUGUGUUUAAAAUCUUUUUAUUAUUGCUUUAAAAUCAAUAGAAAACCAUGUAUCUCCAGGUACACCUUUUGCUACUUAUAAAUGUGGGAAAAUGCAUUGUUUACGUUUACAUACAUGACAAUUAAGCAACUCAGAGGACAAUUAUUCAGAAAGGUUAUGGUAUUUUAGCAUUUUUAUAAUUACCACAUAUUACCAGGCAGGCUAAUCUCUUCUGAUCUUGCAUGUUAUGACAUACAGUAUAUUAACCAGCUAAAAAAUGGGGGGAAAAAAAUCGCACUGUCACACUGCCAGAAUAUUUGUAUUGACUUAUUUUUAGUGUAGUAAAGGCUUAAUAACUUCUGCAAGCUUCGCUGCUACUUAAAAAGGUAUUAAUGUAGUCUUCAUGUUAUACAUUUAGAUGUCUGAAUGUUUCAUAAACUUUCAAAUCUGUAAUAUGCAUUGAACUAGGCUAAAACCUAUUUCAAUUUUCAUCUGUAAAUCUUUUUGCGUUUCACUUCUUAGUAAAUCGCCUAGAUUGAUGUCACAGACUUGUACUGCUGUUUAGAUCGUCCCAUAUUUUUGAGAUAAGUAAAAGCAUCUUACCACUUACACUGGGUAGCGGUGUAAAGUGCAGCUUGUUUCACAUGGUUGUUGGGUUAGUGUUGUUUUCCCUGUGAAUUCAACAAAGUGAUUGAUGUCUUGUGUGAAAAUCUAAAGAGCAACCAAAGUAGUAUUCUAGUAGUCGCCCAAAUAUGUAUCGUAAAAGUACAUUUGACCCUUGAACAGAAUUCGGAUAAAAAUUGAACGCUGACCCUUUGGAGCUUUCCCAGGUUCAAAAGUCCAUCAUUAUGAGGAAUUCUGUUUGGGGGUUGGGUUUUUUGCUUUAAUAUUUCAUCCAGUGGGACGUAUGUUUUCCAAGUAGUAAACAACAGGCUUUUUUUCUCAACAUUAAUGGACACAAGCCCAUUUUUUACCAAAGACCUGUACUGUUGUUAUUUUUCGUUUGUAUUACAUUUCAUCAUUUUAUUUAACUAAGAAAGCUAAAAUAAGUUUUUAAAAAAAGUGAUCACCUAGUACCUUAAAUAGAUAGCGUCCAUGUUCAAUAGUAAUGAAUCGCUUCUUUCUCUUUCUAAAGGUAGGCUAAGUUGAGUUCAUGCAGAAAUGAUCAAAAAUGCAUGGGUCACAUCCUAACAAUGUGUAUUUGUAUUUGAUUUUGUGUUGCAUAUAUUUUGGCGUUUAUGGCAGAUUUGUGCAAUACUGGCUAGCACAUACUGACGUAAGCGAGGAUUCAGUGUCAGUAAAUUGUUGUCUGCAGUGAAGGAUGUCAAAUGUGAAUUACAUUUGUGCUUCUGAAGUGGCCAUAUAAACUUCACUACGCUAUUGUUUUGAAGUUAAUUUUAUUUCUUGAUUUUUACAAAACUACAUAAUCUACAUAACUUUGCUGGUUAUGCAUUUAACGUUGUUGUAAUUGGACUGCAUUUACUGUAAGGUGCUUUAAAAAAGUCUUUUUGUUUUUCAACACUGUGGUCCAAAUUAGGUUUUGUUUGUUUUUUUAUUUUGAGAAAUUGCAGGGAACAGAAGAUGAUUGUGACAAGCGUCAGAUACAAAUAUGAUUAAAACUGGUAAUUUGUUGUUGAGUUGGUCUGUCUAGUGGUCUACUCUUCCCCCAAUUCAAAUUUUCUACCUAAAAAGACACUUGGUAAGCACAGUUUACCAUUUUCAGAUUUGUUCAAGUGAUGGACCAAUUACUCUUUGAAGUAUAUCCGUGCCUUUUUGAUAAAUACGUAAUAAUGAUCAGUAUAAGGAAAAUUAUAACUCAUGACGUGUUUAAUUACAAUCAAAAUUUUAGUGCCUUACAAUGAUUUUGUGGACCACAAUGUAAUUGCUAAAUGAUCUUCUCCAUUCAGACCUGAACUGACCUGAAAGGAAAAAGGAUAAUACUUUGAGAUUUGCUCCAGUAGCUUGGAAACAUGAAGCGAAGACUAUAAAUUUCUUACUUUGUAUUUGCCAAAACAUUCAAGAAAACUCAGCAAUAUAUAUUGUACACACAAUUUUGGUCUCAAUUUGUCAUUUUGGUAUUAAAAUCUAAAUUGUAAAGAAAAGCACCAAAUAGGAAUUAUCUUGUAAAUGACCUGUAAUAGAUGUAUCAUUAUGCUCUGCAUUGAAUAGUUUUAAACAAUUUUGCAUUAUUGUUAGCUGUUGUGUUGUCUUUUUGUUUUAAUAUUAUAAAAUGGAGCCUGAAGAUUUAUGCAAUCUUGUACAUGUAUAUGAAUAUGAUGUAUGGAGCUGUUGAAAUUAAGAAAAAUACUAGUGCAACAAAUGUUGUCAAAGGUAAAUAAUCUGAAUAUGGAGGCACUUGUUCCAUAUACAGUAUGUUAGAAAGUUUCAGUAGAAAUGUUAAAACGAUAACAUUGAUGCCCUGAAAUAUUGAAUGUAAUGUUCUAAAUUAGAUAUUCAAUGAAUAGGUCACUGGAUAUUAUGGAGCGCAAUUAAUUCAUUAUGAUGUAGCAUCUAGUUGUGAACUGCUAUUCAAUAAAAUUUUAUUAGAACUAAAACAAAUUGCAAGUUUUUGAAGUUUCCAUUGGUCGAUACGACGUAAUAUAAGAAAUGUAUUUUUCUCAGGGUAAUACAGUGGUUUAAUGCAGAAUGUGUUAUAUCUGAGGAAACCAUUUCAAGGAUUUACCUUAAUGUAAGCGGGAUGUGACAUUAUUUACGGAUACAUAAAUUGAUAGAGUAAAAAUGUGUUCCCUAUUUUGUGACAAACUUUAGGAAUUUAUUGAUAAUCUUAGAAAUGAUUCUGUUGGUAUAUUGAUAUUUUUGUAAUGUUUGUGUGAAUACAAAAUACGUGCAAGUCUUAGAAUACUAAAAUUUCUUUUUUACACUGAGGAUUGUGUAAUGCUUAUUUUCUGUAGUGUAUUAUUCUUCAUAGUUUGUUAACACCUGUUAAAUUGGUACACUACAGUUAUGCAAUGGUUUACAAAGUUCACAAAAUUAUUUUAUCAUCUUGAGAAUUAAAGCAAAUUUUCCAUCUGAA